CUAUCGAAGGGUCGUGUGUAUCAAAAGAGUUACUUUAUCCAGACAAAUUUGCAGCAUGUUACAAGGAAAGCAAAUUACGCAUUGUGGGCAGAGAAGGGCCAGGUUCUGGAGACAAACCAUUAAAAACGUUCACCAUACCUCAGAGCUCAGUUCUGUCAAGGAUCAAAGACUUCCUUCCUAAAUUAUCUGAAGCAAACCAAGUCAUGAGUACAGAGCUGUCAAAGGAACCGAGUGCUGCUGACAGAUUCAACUUGGAAUGUAUUGAUGAUGAUGACAAGGAACCACAUAUUGAAAUGAAUUUGUCCAUGGUACCUCCAGAGGUGUUGACUAUUGAUGAAAGCGGUGAUGAGGAAUCUAGCUCUGAAGAUGAAGUCUCCAAUGAUGCUGAAAAUGACAAUCUACACAAUGCUCAGAGUGCGGGUGCACUUGUCCAUGAUAUGGAUCACGUAAUGGACGAAGGUCUUAAAAUUCCAGGACGUUCUGUACACAGCAAUAGAAAGCCUAGAAUUGAAGAAGUAGUCAGUGAACAGAAAGGUUCAGAGCAGGUUACUUGAACAAUAUAAUACGGGGUGAGGGCAAUGGGGGCAUUGACUUUACAGUUCUUUUGUUUGAAGAUAAGACAGACAAAAUACCAAAACGCUUCACUUAUAUAUAUAUGACAUGUAAAUCAUAAUCAUCAUCACCUUUUCAUAGAAUUCACCUUCAUUGUAAAUACUCUCAUUAUUGCCAUCUUCGUUAUCUCAAUUACUCCCAUCUGUAAAAACCAUCUCUGUCAACAUCAUUAUCAUCAUUGUUCUCAUUUUCACCAGUGUCCUUGUCAUCCGCAUCUUCAGUGCAGUGGUAGUCAUUUCUGUUUUCCUAGCAAUGAAUCAUAUGCAUUGUGUUGUGCUAUUUUUCCAGUCACUGCCUGAUGCAACAGUUCCAAAAAAUUAUUUCUUCCUCAGCCUGUUUUGAUAAAUGGAACAUUAAAGAACACUGUUCAGUCCCCCUACAGUAAUCUGUUCUUUUCUCCGUAUUAAGAGUUACUUGUGUGAAAUAUGUAAGGGUUGUGUUCAUGUUUUGAAUAUAUAAUUUGACUUGAGGCGUAAUAUAAAUAAUAACAUAUUAUGAACCGAAGCUCAGAAAAUUUGAUUAAAAAGUCAAUUCUGUUCAGUUCAGUCCUUAGCCAGCAGUCAGCUACCCUGACAUCUAGCUGGAGAAUGCAAAGAAGAAGAAAUUCAGUCCUUUAUCAGUCUUUGUUUCAGUUUACCUGUCUGGCCUCUAUAUAUGACAUGUACAACAGUUAACAUUUAGUUUUAUGUAUAUAAUGUCACAAUAUUGAAAGUAAAUACGUUUAGUACUGAUAACUCACUGUUUUAAGGUGGUACUUGUAUAUAUAUUAAUGUACA